AUGGGCGCGCGAUCCGUCCUCCCCGGCUUGUUGCUGAUCAUCGCCGCGGUCGUGCUUCUCGCGCUUGUUUCCUUCAAUACCCCGCUGCUGAAGCAGCUCUACUUCCUCGAAGCCAAAUUUGAGGACUAUAUCCUGAAGCUCGGCACGUUAGGCUACUGCCUCGACACUGCCGGCAAGGUUACAUGCCAAGGUCCGCAGGUCGGAUAUGAGUUCGACUUGAACAAGGUCCUCAACCUGCAGAAUGCUCCUUUCAACAUCCCGACCGCCGUGUCCAAGUACCUGACCUAUGUUCUCAUCAUCCACAUCAUCUCGCUUGGAUUCGCCGUCCUGGCGCUCCUGACUGGGCUUAUGGAGCUCAUCCCAGGCUGCGUCAUGAUGUGCUUCCCGACCUGUCUGGCGGGCAUCGCCGGCGGCCUGGCCCUGAUCGUGUUCAUCUUUGAUGUUGCCAUCUUCUACAUUGCGCGGGCGCGCAUCAACUCCGUCCAGGGUGCCUCGGCCAGCAUCGGCGCCGCAGUGUGGAUGACGCUCGCGGCCUGGCUGUGCUGCUGUUUCGCCGGCUGCGCUUACGGUAUGGGCCGGGCGUGCUGCUGGGACUCUGGCGAGCGGGGCGGCACGCGCCGGCGCACCCGGCGCGAGCGGCAGGAGGAGGAGGCCGCGUACAGGCGCGACGAGGCGCUGCGGAUGCAGGCGAUCCGCGACGACAAGCUGCGCCAGCACGAGCAGGACCUGCCCAACUUUGCGACGUAUGAGCGGCAACCCCUCACGUCCGACGUGGAUGACAAGUACUACUACGAGGAGACGGGCAACACUGUCCCCGCGCUCCCGCACGACGGGCACGGCAUCCAGGGCGUCGGCGUCGGAUACGGCCGGCGCACGGGGAACGCGAAUGUGCAGCGCCAGCCCUCGGUCGGGUCCACGUUCACGGCGGCGGGUGCGGCCGGCGUCGGCGCCGGCGGCGCAGGCGUGGAGGUGCCGAACCGCUACGAGGGAUACGCGGCGUACCAGGUCCCGCAGACACAGCAGUACGCAACAGCGGAUAACUACAACCGGGCGGGCUACGAGCAAACCUACAGCGACCCCUACGCAUACAACGGCAGCGGCAAUGCAGCGUACAACUAUGACAACACGCCGCAGGGCUACGGAAACGCCUAUGACCAGGCGCACAACAAUUACUACGCUGGAGCAGCCGGCGCUGGUGCCGGAGCCGCCGCCGGAGCGAGCACCGCCGCCGCCGUGGCCGGGACGCGCAACCGCCUCGCCCCUUCGAAUGGGCACGGGCAAGAGCGCGGAAACCGGACCUCCUUCCACUCGUCUGACAACUACCACGACCCGACUGCGCGCGUGCACCCCGCCGAGGCGGCGUACGACUAUGGCGACGACUACGAGGCGAUCGGGCGUGCGGCGACAUCCCCAAGUGAUCCGCGGUAUCGCACCCCGCCCGCGCCUCCGCCCAAGUCGGCAGCACAGCGCGCGGCACAGCACCAAUCCCUCGAAUCGCAGUAUACGCAGUACACCCAGCCCACUACCACGAUGUACGCCCCGGCCCCUACUCCCUCCGUGCCGCCUCCAGCUCGGCACGGGCACGGGCAUAGGAAAGAGGGCAGCAACACGUCCGCGGGGACGAUGAAGGUGCCGCAACCGCAGCCGUCGGGCCAGUUCUUCGUCGCGAAUCGGACCACGAGUCCCGUGAGCGAAUACCCGCAGACAGAGUUUAGUAGGGACUCGGAGUACACGACGACGGAUAUCUCGGGCCGGCCGCCGAGUUAUGGCCAGGUCGCGCAGCAGCAGGCGAACGUGUAUCCGGGGGAUCAGAAGAGGCCAUUCUAG